AAACAAGAAGGUGCCAAGGUUGCACAAGAUGAGAAGAAAGCAUCCGCCUUAGUCUCUUCUGAGACGACCGAUAACAAGCCAAAGUGUGGGGGAGGAGAUUCUGUGGCAGCCCCGGCGGCGGUGGUUGCCUCUGCGUUUGUUUACAAAGUGGAUAUGCACUGCGAAGGCUGCGCGAAGAAGAUCAAGCGAAUGGUGAAGCACUUCGCCGGAGUGAAAGAUGUGACGAUGGAUAUGGGUGGGAACAAGCUCAUGGUGGUCGGGAAGAUCGAUCCGAUGAAACUCCAGGAGAAGUUGGAGGAAAGAAUGAAGAGAAAGGUGGUACUGGCCAACCCACCGCCACCAUCACCGCCGAAAGUAGACGCAUCUACCGCCACCAGUGGAGAGAAGAAAGCCGAUGGUGUAGAUAAGGCGGCUCCUGCUCCUGCUCCUCCACCCCCGGCCGCUCCUAAAGAGAGCUCGGUUGCUUUGAAGAUCAGACUUCACUGCGAAGGAUGUAUUCAGAAAAUCAAGAAAAUAAUAUUGAAAAUUAAAGGCGUCCAAACGGUGGCUAUUGAUGCAGCCAAAGACACGGUGACUGUGAAAGGCACUAUGGAUGUUAAAGAACUUGUGCCUCUACUAGCUAAAAAGCUAAAACGAACCGUGGAGCCUCUUCUUCCGGCUAAAAAAGACGAUGGUGCCGCCCCUCCCGCCGCCAAGAAAGAAGUCCCAGCCGCUGGAGCUAACGAAGCAAAGAAGGAAGGAGGUGAAGUCGUAGAGAAGAAGCAAGAGGGUGGCGAUAAUAAGAAAGAAGCCGGAGAGAAAAAGAAAGAGGCUGGAGAUGGCGGAGAGAAGAAGAAAGAGGCUGUAGAGGGCGGAGAUAAGAAGAAAGAGGCCGGAGACGGUGAGAAGAAGGAAGGUGGCGGCGUAGGAGGA